AUGAUUUCGGUCCUCAAUGCUUUUGGGUUUAAUGUGUCGCUUUAUUUGACCCAACCAGGACUCGAACCUGCAGUCUUCGCUUUAGGAGAGCAGCGCCUUAUUCAUUGGGCCACAGGGCCUUAUUCACCGCGGGGUCUAUGGCGCUUACGUCUGGUGUCGGUGGAGGAAUUUCCGCGAAAUCUUUCCUACAACAGUGACUUGGGUUUUGAAUAA